AUGUCAAUUAUUUCAAAUCGAGCUCAUCACUAAAUGACACGUCUCCUACCUACCAUUCGUACUUGUGUAGCGUGUAAUGAUUUUUCAUUCUCAAUGUAUUAAAAAUUAACAAUGGGUGGCCAAAAAUUCGAAUAUGAUGAAAGUGGAUCUACAUUCUUUUAUUUCGUUUUAUCUUUCCUUGCCUUAAUACUUGUACCUGCAACAUUUUACUACUGGCCAAGAAAAAGGAAAGAAGAUCCAAGGAAACGUGCGGAGCUAUGUCAGUGUCCAAAUUGUGUAAACAAACAGAUCAUAAUAGAACAAUCACAACCCUACAAGGGGGUUAAAAACUUCUUCAUUAAGUUAGCAAUUAUAUCAGGAUGGGUAUUAUUGGGAUUCCUGGCAUACAAAGUAUCACAGUUUGAUUAUGAAAUGUCCAACUUUGAUCCAUAUGAUAUUUUGGGUCUACCACCCGGUGCCACUCAAGCGGAAAUUAAAAAGUCAUACCGUAAACAAUCACUCAUACUUCACCCUGAUAAAGAAACUGGUGAUGAGAAAGCCUUUAUGAGGCUAACAAAGGCUUAUCAGGCUCUUACCGAUGAUGAGGCUCGUAGAAACUGGGAGAAGUAUGGUAACCCAGAUGGUCCUGGGGCUAUGAGCUUUGGUAUAGCCCUGCCUAGUUGGAUUGUAGAGAAGGAGAACAGUGUGUGGGUCUUAGGGCUUUAUGCCCUAGUCUUUAUGGUGGCACUGCCUACUGCUGUUGGAACUUGGUGGUAUCGUUCUAUACGGUUUUCAGGAGAGCAAGUCUUGUUGGAUACAACACAGAUGUACUUCUAUUUCUGUCACAAAACCCCUUCUAUGCCUUUGAAGAGAGCUAUCAUGAUACUGGCCGCAUCCUGCGAGUUUGACAAGAGACAUAACUCUGAAAUCAUCGAGAGAAUUACAGAUAAUGAGGAAGUUCCCAUGUUGUUGCGCGAACUGCCGAACCUCGGUGAGAAGAACAAGGAGCAGCCCCUUUGUAGGCCGUACAGUAUCAAGGCGCGUGCGUUACUUCACGCUCAUCUUUCGCGCAUGCGCCUUCCCCCUGAAACCCUGGAAUGCGACCGAAGGUACAUCGUGUCCAGAUGUCCGGAUCUUAUCGUCGAAAUGGUCAACUGUGUCAACCAACUGGUUGCUUUAGCUUAUGCUAGAAGAAUUCCACGACUACCGACUGUCGAUACUAUCGAAAAUUGUAUGAAGCUGUCUCCUAUGAUCGUCCAAGGGCUAUGGGAAUACAAGUCACCAUUACUCCAACUGCCUUAUAUAACAGAAGACCAUUUGAAAUACUUUACGAACCGCAAGAAGCACAUCAAGUCUUUGCUUCAGCUGGCUCAGUUGCCCGGCGAUGAGAGGCGUCAAGUACUCAAGUUUUUGAAUGACAAACAGUAUGAAGAUCUUGUGAAAGUGUUGGGCAACAUGCCUUACAUCCAUUUCCAAGUUAAUACCGAAGUAAUUGACGAUGAAAACUCAACGGUUGUGACGGCGGGUGCUAUUGUAACCGUCACAGUGUUCUUAAGACGUACUAAUAUGAAGGAAUUGUUUGGUGACACAACUGUUAAAGAAAAACAAACCAUUAAAGAAGAAGAUGAAGGUGCUGGCGAAAACGGAGAGAAAACAGAAAAUGACAAAAAUGACAAGAACGACAAGAAGGAAACAUUUAAGAGGCCCGUUUGGAUGAAGCAAGCAAAGAAACAGCCGCAGUCGAAGAAGUCUAAGAAGCCCGUAGCGGCCAAGGCCCAGGCCAAGCCCGCCGCACCGGCCGCGCCGCCCACAGCCACGCCGCCGCCCACCAACAAUGACACCAAGAAACCAAAAGAACCAAAGAAAAAAGAUGAAGAAGGUGAAGAUUCCGAAGUGGGUAGCUCGGACGAGUCCGGGUCCCACAGCGAGGCGUCUGAGGAUGAAUCUCGCGACAAGUCGUCGGCGGCCGAAGACGAUGACGAUCAGUGGGAGAAGUUCCAGAAGAGAUUACAGAAACGGGAGCGGCUUGAAGGACGGUCCAAGAGCUCGCAUCCAGUACACUGUCCAUACUUCCCAUUGGAGAAGCAAGAGUACUGGUGGUGCUACAUCUGCGAUCGCAAGUCGCACACACUGCUGACGGCGCCCGCCCACGUGACUGCGCUGGUGGACUCCCACGAGCUGCAGCUGCGCUUCACGGCGCCGCGCUGGCCGGGCCUUUACACCCUCGCCUGCUGUCUGAGAUCAGACUCUUACAUCGGCAUGGACCAGCAGCAAGAUGUGAAGCUGGACGUGAAGGAGGCGGCCGCCGUGCCCGCCGAGCACCCGCAGUGGGACCUCAGCGACUCUGACACCGAUAACAAUGAUCAGGGAGGCAACGAAAGCGAGUUCACAACAGAUGACGAGGUUGAAGAGGAGUAGUCGAAGAUUAACUAAGUUAUUUUUAUAGAGUUUAUUAUGAGGUGUUUGCGGAUCGGUUGUUGUAUGGUCUGAGAGCGAGUGAAUAUAAUGUUUUAUAUCCAAA